ACAUUGCAUGUGUGCCUUAUAUUGGUUGAAUGAGAUAAGCAAAAGAUGUUUAAACAAUAACAUAUAUGAUUCUGAAAACAUACCAUACCCAUUCACAGAGUUAGCAGAUAUGGAUAAUUGUAGACAGAUACUAUUAUCCAAAUAUAUACUCGAUGUAAAACAACGUAUACUUGAUAAACCAGAUUCCAAAUUAAAUGAAAUGAUGACUUUAUAUAUCGAAGCGGUAUUUCGAGAAUUGAAAAGCGCAGAAUUGCGUCAAACGUUUUCAUGCUUUUGGGUUUAAUAUUCAAGAAGUAUGGGUCAUUUUAAAUGUAGAUUCUGUACAAAACUGUAUACAAAGAAAAAGAACAGAGAUCGUCAUGAACAUGUUGAACAUAGAAAAAGAAGGGUAGUAUGUUCCAAAUGUUGCAAAGAAUUUACUCGAAACUAUAAUUUAAAGUGUCAUCUAGAGAAAUGUAAUAUUAGUACUAGUCUACAGACAAGUUCUUCUACUUCAGAAUGUAAUGAUGUUUCAGCAGAACAAUUCAUUACGCUGGAUCCAUCACCUUGCGAUGAUAAUGACUGUCUGACAGUUAAUGAUUUUGAGAAAUGUGAGGAAAUAGCGGCCGAUUUAUUAAUUAAUCCUCCAGAUGAACAAACGUUACAGAAUGAUGUUGAUAUGAUAUUGGAUCAAGCUGGUUAUGGGGACAAUGAUGCUGAUAAUUUUAACCAACAACCAUACAUAAAUCCUGACGGAUCUGUGGAUGUACAGUUAAGAGACAUUUAUGAAGCUAAUGAACAUAUUAUAUAUGCACCUCAUAGAAGAGGUGUUGUAUCACACGAGUAUAAUUUCCAUAUUCCCUCUGGUAGAAUAGAAAUGCGAGAUAUGGAAAAUCAAUUAGAAGAGAUAUACUUAAAUGAAUC